GUAGUCCCGGGGGCUAUUAAGCAGAAGAAUGUGGGAGCAGAAAGGAAGAAUCGUCGUGCACUAGGUGACAUAGGAAAUGUGGUUACCGGUGGUGGGGUCAAGGGGAAGCAGCUUCCUCAGGAGUUUUGUGCUCAGUUACUGGCUAAUGAACAGGCUGCAGCAGCUGAAAACAACAAGGCUGCAAAUGCCAAUGGAGCCAAUUGUGGUGGAUGGAGCUCUGCCGGAAAAGAGAGCUGCCGUGCUCACAAAAAAGCUGCAGCAACCACCAAACCGAUAUUACAGAAGUUGCAGAGCUCAAGGAGAGAAGGCCGGAGAGAAGUCGAUGAAGAAGAAAGCUCCAACUCUUACUUCAACUCUCACUGCUAGAAGCAAGGCUGCAUACGGGCUAAGCAAUAAACCAAAGGUGCAAAUAGUGGUCAUAGAUGCUGCUGACGUGAAUAAUCACUUGGCUGUUGUUGAAUAUGUUGAUGAGAUCUACAAGUCAGUUGAGGCUGUUCUGACAAGAGAAAACAGCAUCACGGGAAUUGCUUACAAAGAUAAUGGCGUGGGAGCUUAUGAAUGAGCCAAGGUGCAGCAGAGAUCCAUCAGGCAGCACCAUACAGAGUCCGAAAUCAUGCUGGCCAGGAUAGCGAACAAAGCCAGAGCCAAGAAGGGAACAUUACCUCCUUCUGUUGAUCGCGAACUAAAACGUGUUGCAGCAGCUGCUAAAGCGAAAUCCAAAGAACGUGCUCCAACUCCUACCCCAUCUCCUGCAACCGCAACAGCUUCUGACCAACCAUCUCCCAUAGAAGUAAGGGAUCGUACACCCGAUGAACAAGUAGAGGUGGUGGAGAUCUCUGAAGAUCAAGGUCUGAAAAAGGAAGAGGGGCAAGGGUAAAACGACUUCUGCAGCAGAAACUCCAGCAGAACCCACAGAAAGUAGAAGCAAUCCCUCAUCCAGAGCAAACAAGCAAGGUAAACUAGAGGCCAAGCUCGCUGCCGACAGAAUUGCCGAGCCCGAGAAUUGGAGGAGAUUUGCCACUUUUCAAGAAGUGUGGCAACAAACAAGAGACGAGCGAUCUCACUCUGCUCGAAUUGCUGAAAUGUCUGGAGAAAAAUGGGUCCCUGAUUGGAAAAUCUCGAAGAAUAGCAGUAUUCUGUGGACCCUAGCCGGACAAGAUUCUUGGGAGAUAUAUAGGGUUGCUUGCCUCGAAAGGGAUCAGAUCAUUCUUGCCCAGACCUCUCACACAUCUAUCGAGGAGCAUUUUGCACACAACAUAACUCAGGCCAUGGCCUUUGCCCAUAAUCUCUCCCUCCAAUGCUUGAUGUGCAGGCAUGAGAAAAUAACUGUCGAAGCGAAAGCUUUAGAGAUGGAAAAGAAGAUUUUGGAGCAACAAUCACUGAUAGAGUCCCUUCAAUCUGAUGCUAGAGAAAAGAUGGAACUUGCUUCCAAGUUGGAAAUUUCUGAGAAGGAACUGGAAGAAGCAAGAUCCAUGGCCCAAAGCGAUCGUGAAGCUGCCUUUGAAACAGGCUGGGAGCAGGCCUUAAUUGAAGGCCGAGCCCAAUUUCUGCGAAGCCAGGAGCUCAAGGAUAUGUUAGAUCAAGCUCGCAUGAAUGGUGCUCGUGAUUUUCUGAAGUCCAGAACUUUCAG